AUGAAUUAUCCAAAAUAUAUAGGCGAAGCAUCCGAAUUUGAUCCUCUGUAGAAACCGCCUAAAUUACAGUAUGCUCUAUAACAUCAAUUAGCCACUAGUUGUGGUUAGAAUGGGAAAAAUUCUGAUUACUGUCAGUGUUGCGGACUUUGCAUUAAUAACAUGCCACUUCCUUUAAAUAUUGAAAUCUUAAAUUUAGCAUUUUUAGGAUAAGGUGUUCCAUUAUUUUUCAAUCUCAUGAUACUAGUUAUUCUACUGCACUUUGUGUUGUUCUUUAUUUUCACGGUUCCUAACGUUUCUCAAAAUUAUGUUGCAAAUAAUUGCUUAUUAGACACUAAUUAUGCAUAUAAGUUUUGGAAAUAGAACGGAUGUGAAGGGAAUUGUCCGUUGAAACAUGAGGAUUAUUAAUAUUUUGAGAAUUUCUUUUUAGAUUGUAAAACUAUCUGCUAACAUUACUCCGAUGUUUGCAUGCAAUCUCAAACUACUAGAAUAUCAUACGUUAAUAAGUAACUCGAAGGGGAGAGCAAAUUAAUCUAGUCCUCCUUGAUUCUCUGUUCAGUAAUAAUUAUCAAGAUUUUGAUGGUCCUCAUUCGCGAGAAGUAACGUAAGAUAGAAUAUGCAAUCGAUAAGGAAUUGCUGUCGCCUUCUGAUUUCACAGCCAUAUUGAACAAUUUACCUAAGAAUCAUUAUAAUGAGAAGGAAUUAAAAACAGCCCUGGAAGAAUAUUGCAAGGAAUUCGAUCCCAGAAACAAUUAUGAAGUAGUCAAGAUCAACAUCGCUUACGACAUAGUUUAAUUUGUGGAUAAAGGCAGACAAAAGAUAUAAUUAGAAAAAUAACUUGAAAGCUCGACCUGUCCCAACAAAGAGAAAUUACUAAAAUAAAUAAAUGAAAUUUCAAACUAAUAACAAAUAAUAGAAGUCGAAAUAGAAAAUGGCUCGUAUAAUAAAACCACUCCCAUAGCCUUCAUCACUUUUCAGACAAAAAAAUAACUCCAAAAUUUACUAGAGUAGACCAAACUCUCCUACUGGGAAGCAUUUAUGAUGGCCAUAAAAUCGAUUAUCAAAAAGAAAGACAGGAGGGGAUUCUACUUCAAACAACAUUACAUUGAAAUCUCUAGAGCACCAGAACCAGACGAUGUAUUUUGGGAGAACUGUGGUACAGACGAGAAUACUUAACUUAAGAGAAGGAUUUUAUCAUGGUUUGUAAUAGUGUUCUUAUUGGCGCUAUCGCUUUGUACACUAUAUGGCUUGAAUGUUUUUUAGAAUCACUUUUUCUCUAAGUCGGAAAGCAAUCAAUUUCUGAUGAAAACUAUGGCUUCCUUAUCAAAAUCACUUAUUAUUACACUAGUGGAUGGACUCAUCUAUUAUUUCAUUACCUUAUUGGCCAAUUAAGAAAGACAUGUUACUAAAACUCAGUAAGAUACUUCUGUGGCUGAAAAGUUAAGUUACGUUUAGUUUAUCAAUUCUUGUUUGCUACUUAUCAUUAUGAAUGUGAUAGGAACUUACUAUGAAUAUUCUAAAUAAGAUGAAUAACUAUUUAACUUUGCUGUUUAAUAACAGGGAGGUAUCGUUGAUGAUAUCCUCUAUGUAUCUGCUGCAAAUGCUAUUCUAGUUCCAUUAUCAGCCUAUUUCAAUUUGUUAUAUAUUGUUCAGAAAUUUAAAUAAAUGAGAAUUGAAAAAAAUACUAAUCUGAAUUAGAUUGAAGCCAACAAAUUAUUUGAAGGACCUUCAGUGUAAUUUUAUGACUAAUAUUCAUACUUGUGCAAAACGACUUGGCUAACUCUGUUCUUUGCUCCUCUAAUCCCUAUCUCAAUUUUAUUUGGGUUGAUUGGAUUAAUAUUAUAUUACUGGAUACAAAAGUAUUUACUGCUCCGAAGGAAUCGCAAACCUCCCUUUCAAAGCAGUCAUCUUGAUAGAGAAAUGCUCAAUCUGUUGGACUUAAGUCCUCUUCUCUUGAGUACAAUGUAAUUCCUGAUUGAUUACUCAUUUCAUUCGAGUUAGUUGUGUCAAACAAUAAAUGUUGCUUCUUUGGCAAUUUCUGGCUUAGAAUUAAUAAUCCCUUCAUGCAGGAUACACAGGAUCUUAUAUAAAGAUGUUUAUGAGGAGGAGGUGUAGGUUCGAUACGAGGAGAUAUAUUCUAAACUGCCCACUGAUUAUGACAGAACCAACCCUUUGACUCAAUAAGUAGCGAUGCAAGAAUUUGUGAAGAACAAAUUGAGGCGCAACACAGGUCCAUUACUGUUGGAGCUCUCUUAGAAUUUGAAUGUCAAUAAGCCUAAGAGAAAUAGGGCUUUGCAAGAUUUAAUUUAUAAAGGCAUCUGUGAUCCAAAGAAAAUUAGAAUGAAAAUAUUGAAAUAGAAAUUACAAUUGAUUGUUAAAAUGAGGCAAAUUAGAAACCUCAAAAAUCCGAUUGGUUUGGAAAUGUCUUUUUAAGAGAAUUAAGUUGUUUUUGAUAAGUUUGAAUCGAAGCAAUCCAGCGAAUUGAAUUCACCAACUUAUUUAAAAACUCCAGAAUACAAUUUUUCAUCUAUUAUCAACUUCCAACCUUAAACUGUUUCCUAUCAAUAACAAAUUGAAAUGUUAGACAUGACUUCCACAGCCUCUCAAAAUAAAAGUGCAUAUCUAGAUACACCAAAAUAUUAUUUUAAUUCUAAAAACAAUUUAUUAUUUAAAAGUAUCAAAAAAUGUAAAAAUUCUUAAGUUUGA